GUGAAUAUUAGAUAGGUAGAGAGGUGAGUCAAGACCGGAAGGCAUCAUAAAUUGUAAAAGAAGGACAAAAUCAGUCUACAACAGUAAAGUAUCCGAACCCAGUCAGUCAACUCAUCCAUUCAUUUGCGUUCCGCUUGUUUCAUUCAUGUCUGGCUUCCACGGUUUCCCCAGUUAUCCGUAUCUCCCCACUUCUUCGGGUAGUGGUGGUCCCUAUUAUCUCAACGAUCAACAAGCUCAAGCCAUGCAGAACGGAAAGCGGCAACGGCGUCAAGCGGCGGCCCUCGUGGUUCAAUCGCUCUGGUCGUCUACCAACAAGAAAAAGACAGACAAGGACAGCACCGCCAAGAACAAUGGUAACAAGAACAACCGGCCCGUCUUGGAAGUCCCUCCCAUGGGCUUUGGACCCAUUCGAGAACCCAAUGGAAAUGAUGUAUUGUGCGGCCGUGGAGGUUUGAUUAAUGGAUCUCCUGGUAACGUUCAAUUUCGCACCAUUGUCAGCAAGAAAAAGAAGGAAUACAAUUCGAAAAAUACCAAACGACACGAAAAGGCUCACUUGGCGGCUGAGAUUGUUCGGCACAUUCGAUCCAUGAAUCCACCGGGACGCUUUUUGAGGGAAGAUGUCAAUGGAUUGUGGUUUGAUAUUGGGGAUGCUCGUGCCAUUCGAAAAACAGGACAAGCCUUGCGAGAAGCCGCUCCCACUAUUCGACAAGAAUUGGAAGUUGGUGCUGACGGUAAGAAAAAAGGAAAACAACAACAACCACCACCAAAAGACGACACUGAUUCGGGCAGUGAUGAUGGCAAAACUGCAACAACAACAACAAAGAAGGACAAACAAUCUGCGCAAGGGGAGAGAGCCAAUAGUGAAAGCCCGAAACGAAAAAAGCAAGAGGCUGAGAACGCCAAAAAGGAAACCAGAGCAAAGAAAGAAACUGCCAAGAAGACCAGCAACACCGCAGCAGCAGAAGCAAAAGCAACCGUGCCAUCCAGCGAUGCUUCCGUGGCAUCCAACACCACCACCAAGUCCAAACGAUCCUCGUGGCUACCAGGAAGACGCAGUACCAACGAUACGCCGGUCCCCGCGGACACAACUCGCAGUAGUCAGAGCUUUCUCAUUCCCACGGCCGCGUUGGGGCCUCACAUUACCGGAUCUGUCACUUCGGUGGUUCCUGCUGGUGGAAUGCCACGCAUGUCGGGGGGAGCCGUCUUUUCCAACAGUCACAGAGGAGGAGGAGUCCGGGCAUCGGCUCCUCCCGUAUUGGCUCCGGAACAUCAUUCGUUCCAGCAUCCUACUCCCCAUCAUCACCACCAUCAUUUUCCCUAUCCCUACCCGCAAAUGCAUCCCAUGUUGCAUUAUCCGCAAAUGCAUCCCAUGCAUCUUCCUCCCGUACCAAUGCAAACACAUCCAUCAGCAGCCUAUCAUAAUCAUCCACAUCCACAACAACAACAGCAACAAUCGCCAUAUCAUCCAAUGGGGUAUUCGGAAGAUGCUUUUGGAAUGAACUUUUUCCCAACCCAGGAUGUCACGAUGGAACAGCAGUCGGAGGGAAGUUGUACAGUGUCGGAUAUUAGUGGUUUAUCCUCAUCUGUCACGGGAGAUCAAAGAAAACAGCGUGACAAGCAUAACAAGAUGAAGCACCAACCUACUUCGGAAUUGGAAGGUGUACCACCGCUGCUUCCUCCCACAAGCAGCAACAAACGCCACGAGAACAACAGCAACAACAACAACCAAGCCAGAAAUGCUGCUCCCGAUGACAACUCAGUGGCCAUGAUUGACACCACCAGUUCACUGCCUAGUUUUAGUGACAUUUUGGAUGAUGUCGACAUGGCAUCGGCCACCUCAGGGAAGGGGUCCUCACUGGCCAUGGGUUCGGUGACAUCGUCUGCCGUGGCCAAACUCAUGGGACCACCGACGAACAACAGGAACAAUCACAACAGCAUCAGCUCUUUGAAACAACAGCCAUUGCCACCACCGCAACAACAGCAACAACAGCAGCCACCAAUGAUCAAUAGCAACAAGAAUAAGCGGACACAAUUUGCGAACCAACCUACCAUGAAGGAGAACUCCAAUUCGACUGGUUCCUGCUUGUCGGGAAAAUCUGGUUUGUCAGGCAAGUCGGAGCUCUCGGUGCCUUCGAGUUGUGGCUCCAACCUUUCGGCGUUCUCCGAUUCUUUCAUGGCACUGCAUCUGUCCGACCACCACGAGUUUGACUAA